AACUGCCAACCCGACCGCGUCGCCUCUCUCCUCCUUUCGCGUCGUCUCCCUCCUCCACUCUCCUCUCCUCUCGCGUCCGCAGCUUCCCUUGCCGGCUAGGGUUUGCAGAUGACGACGGCGGCGCGCCCCACCUGGGCGCCGGCCAAGGGCGGCAACGAGCAAGGGGGCACCCGCAUCUUCGGCCCCUCCCAGAAGUACUCGUCCCGCGACCUCGCCGCGCAUACCUCGCUCAAGCUCAGAAAAGACGGUCAACAGACCCAAGAGGAGUUACAGAAGAGGAAUCUCAGGGAGGAACUUGAGGAACGUGAGCGCAAGCACUACUCUUCCAAGGAUAAGUCCUAUGCUGAAGAAAGAGACCGGCGGAAAAGCUCAAGCCAGCUACUCCUAGAAGGUUCAAAGAGAGAGGCAGAGGAUAAGAUAGUUCCACGAGAAAUCGAUGCAGAUGACUCCGAUGUGGAGCCUAAAAGUGAUGAUGAGAGCGAUGAAGAUGGCGACGACGACGACACCGAAGCUCUAAUGGCAGAGCUUGAGAGGAUUAAGAAAGAGAGAGCAGAGGAGAAGCUUAGAAAGGAGCGGCAACAAGCAGAGGAGGAGGCCAAGAUGAAGGAGGCUGAACUGAUGCGGGGAAACCCUUUGAUUAAUAUCAACAAUCCUGGCUCCUUCAGUGUCAAGAGAAGGUGGGACGACGACGUGGUGUUCAAGAAUCAAGCACGUGGAGAGACCAAGACGCCGAAACGGUUCAUCAACGACACCAUCAGGAGUGACUUCCACCGUAAAUUUCUUCAUAGAUACAUGAAGUAAUGGUAUUGUCGUGUACAAUUCAGAUGUCUCCGUGCUGUUUAUGUCAGUGCAUUGGUUCUCUCUCAUCGUUGUUAUGUUUCGUGUAUGAGUGAACGGCCAUUGUUGUGUUGUAUAUGAAACAAAACAUCUGUCAGCAUCUUAA